AAUUUCCUAUAAAUACACGGCCCAUUUAAGAGGUCCAUGGAUCAUCUGUACCCGGAUCCGGCUCCACUCCUCUCCUCCCCAAGUUCCUAGAACCCAGAAGACCUUAUCUUUCAUGGCAGUUACACACUCGUCGAGUGUUUCUGGACAAACCCACUUCCCUGCUAUGAUGGCUCUCAAACUCAAUUCUCCAGUCCCCAAUGCUAUUCAGAUUUUACCAUCGUUGACUAAGUCUAAUAUGUGCGUUUUGAGCAUCAGAUCAAAUGGAACACGUCCGAUUUCAACACCUAAAAUAAUAUGCAAUAUGAGCAUAGCAGCUGGACAAGCAGAUGAACCUCACAAAUUUAACUUGGAGAACGUGAUAGACCAGGCAGGGAAAUUGUGGGACAACACUCCUGCACCAGUCAAGAGUUUCCCUUGGAAUAGAGCACUGGACAAUUUUGUUCAACUUAUUCUUGACAUUGUUUUGACAGUUACCAAAUACUUGUAUGUACCAGUAUUUGUAGUUACCUCAAUCAGUGAGUUGUCUUACUGUGCACAUGAGCGGAAGCUUUAUAUCACCCUGCUUCCUUUUCUUGUUGGUGUUGCUAUUGCUGGCAUAUUAAAGUCAGCAGCUCUAGAGUCAUCUCCAUAUCUCAAGACUGCAGAAGUUCCUUGGCAUUUGAUUGCCAUUGGCCUUUUCUUCACACUGCUAAAGUUGCCGGGACCAUAUUAUCCAUAUUGGGGUCGAAUUUUUAUUCCACACCUUGCAAAUGGGGCAUUGUUCAGAACUUUGUGGUUUGCUUUCCUCUGGUACAGAAGGCCUAGGAAGUCAGUAGAAACGACGCCUAAUUCACUAGUUGCUGAUCCUGAACAGAAGGGUCUAUAACUUUUUGGCAACAAGUAUUUGAACCGAGACAGGUUUAAGAGAUCAUCAAUAGGCACACCAUUGAGGAUCUAUUCACACUCAGCUUAUUGGAGUCCUCCCCUACAUUCGGAGGACACCACUUAUGUUAUUCUUGCGUCGAGUUUAGUCUUUCCAUUCCGAUUUGAGGUAGCCAUGAACCUGUCAUUGGCACCAAUUAGAUAGUAGUGAUAGAGGCUUCAUAGACUAGAUAGUGAUGGAUCGAUUGAGUAUUUUAUUUUCUUGAAUUGUUCUUGUCAUACUAUUUUAAUGACAUAGAUUGGAGUUUGAUUUGUUGACCCAUGGCCUUUCUCUCUUGA